UUAUGUUACUUAAAAUGUCUUCCCCAAUUGCAAAUUUCCCAAAUACACUACAAGCGACAAUUACUCUGAUAAAUUCGGCAUAUCAAGGUUACUAAUGUGUAUAGCACAUAGGUAUGGCACGGUAGUAAUGUUCUUAAAUCAUGUAUAGUUGUUUUCGGAAGUAGUAUUACAGGGAGUUGUAGUAUGCUAAUAAGUUAACUAGAAAGAUGCCCGAAAAACACACACAUUUUAGGGACAAUUUUCCGUGUAGCUUGUGCUAGACAUGGCUCACGUUAACGGCUCUUCUUACUCGACAGUUGGGGUCACUUACCCAAUUGCAAAUUCCCCAAAUACACCACAAGAGACAGUUACUCUGAUGAAUUCGACAUAUUGAGGUUACUAAUGUGUAUAGCACUUUAGUACUGUUCUAAAAUCAUGUCUGGUCGUUUUCGGAGUAGUAUUAUAGGGGGUUGUAGUAUGCUAACAAGUUAACUAGAAAGAUGCCCGAAAAACACACACAUUUUGGGGACAAUUUUCCGUGUAGCUUGUACUAGACGUGGCUUACGUUAACGGCUCUUCUUACUCGACAGUUGGGGCCACUUACCCAAUUGCAAAUUCCCCAAAUACACCACAAGAGACACAGUUGAUACAUUCGACAUAUUGAGGUUACUAAUGUGUUCAGUGUAGUAAUGUUCUAAAAUCAUGCCUGGUCGUUUUCGGAGUAGUAUUAUAGGGUGUUGUAGUAUGCUAACAAGUUAACUAGAAAGAUGCCCAGCUGAAGGUUGCCUCAAACGGUCGGUAUUUUAACUUGAGGGGUGUGGAGCUAGCAUGUUACUCGCAAAAUAUGCCGUUAGUGUGUGCUUAUUAUGGGUUUAUUUUACAGUGUUACAUACAUUCAUAGAGUUGUUCGUCACUAUAAACUUUUGAAUACUGGGUGAAAAAAAUCAAUGUGCAGUUAGCUAGUGAUGCUUGGGUUAGUUUGGCUAGUUGUUGGCACAGAAACCUGAUAGAAACCGGUUUCGUAAUACCGUGAUAUGUAAAAUAGCCACACUAUGUGGGACAGCCCCUCGGUAUCCGUCCUCCAAUGGAUCUUUUCUGUACGUCAUGGGGGUAGGUGGUUCGCCGCUGUGCUGUAGGACGAAGGCAAGAGUCAGCAGGAGUAGGAUCGCUUGAAUCUAUAGAACCACCGAGGGCUGCAAGAUGUCAAGUACAGCCCUUGUGACUCCUCGUAACCUCAAUGAUAAAUCCAGUCGCCUGUACAUCCUGAACUGGGUCAACAACCUGUUGAAGACAGACUUCAGAGAUGUGCGGCACAUUGGCUCAGGCGCCUGUCACUGCCUGAUCACGGACUGGGUUAUUCCUGAAAGCAUUGACAUGACCCAGGUGAAGUUUGAUGCAAAAAAUGAUAAUGACUGUAGGCACAACUUCCGCCUCGUUCAAGAGGCCUUCAGCAAGCACGGCAUCAAAAAGACUCUCGCAGUUGAUGAGCUCAUCAAAGGGGAUUUCAGAUGCAGCUUUGACACGUUGAAGUGGUUCAAAGCUUUCUUUGUGGCAAACGUGAGAAGUGAUGAUUAUGCUUAUUAUGAUCCUGUGAAAGCUCGGAACAGCUGUGAUAUCCGCCCCAUCCUAGAGGACACCCUCAUACUUCCAAAACAACGAAAAUAUAAAUGGAAACCAGCAUCAAAUGUGGAGAAGACCUUCGUUGUGACAAAGUACCCUUACUCUACAAAGUGGAAAGAUAUUUAUGAUUGGGUGGAACAGAGCACGCAUGGAGAUGACUUUACAUACUGCAGCACAUGUGGCAGGAACUUGGUCACAUAUCGUAGAGGCCUUUUUGAACUCAAGCGACAUGUAGACACACGGAAACAUAGGAAUAGAACUGCGCUGUCCAGGCGUGUUACGCAGCCAAGCCAGUCCUCUGAGCCACUGCCUUGCAGCGAAGCAGCCAUUCGAUCUAUACACAAACAGUCAGGCUCUGCUGAAGAUGAACAAGUGUUGAGACAAUUUGAACACUUUAAACAGGGGCCGCAGUCCCCCAAAAACAUCGCAUCUGUUUGCCAGCACACGCCUUACUGUGUGUAUGUCUAUGGAGGGGUAACACUGGAAAAGGAUGACGCUGAUUUUGUGGUCCUUGUUGGGUUUUUUGAUGUUGACACCUCCAGGCACUGCAUCAGAAUUCUGGACACUCUUCAGUCCGUGGAUGGUGAGGAGGAUCAGAAGGCAGCAGCUGUAGUUGAAACCUUGAAAAAAUUCAAGUUACCCACAGAGAAUCUUGUGGCUGUGUACUGUGAUGGUAACGAAGCAGCCUCAGAGAAGAUCUGCUUGCAGCUCAGGGAACUCAACCCCAACUUCGUAGCCUUGGGAGGGCUGUACACCAUCCCUGAUGCUGCUUGUCGUGCAUUCAUUAAAGAGCUCUCCAACCAGGUUCAGGAGCUGUUGGGAGACCUCCAUGCUCAUCAUUCCACCUGCACUACCAAGAACGACAACCUCACAGCUCUUUUUGGCUCAGAUAUCAGUGCGGACAGCUCAUCAUUUCAAGUCACCACCAGCUGCCUUAAGUUUUGCCUUUUUGUUACAAAAAUGUUGGAAGUUUGGACGGAUCUUGUGUUAUACUUUGAGUCUUGCAACAAAGAUGACGACAAGGUCAAGUCAAUCUGCUCCCAGCUGCAGGAUCCCAAACUCAGGGCAACAUUUAUGUUUCUGGAACAAGCCCUUAAACCUCUGCACACUUUCCAGAAGCACCUGCAGACAAACGAAGAAGAUGCUAGAGCAGACAUGCUGCUCAUUCUAGAGGAGGCCAGUAGCCUGCUGAGCAUCUACACCUCCUACUUCCUUCAUCCUCAGGCUGCUGCACGCUUCCUCAAAGAACACGAUCCCCAGAUCCUUAAGAACAAGAAGUUCCACCUGUCGAUCCCUGAGCUCAGUCUGGGUGGCAAAGCUGUUGAAGACUUCCUGAAAGAGUCUGAGGCUUCAGAAACACUGCCGCUGCUCACAGAGGACGUGUUGUCCUUCUACAUAGCAGUCACAGGUUGCAUUGCAGAGGAGCUGCCUCUCAGUGAAGGGGUGCUAAGGAGUGUAGCACAGCUGCUGAACCCUCAGAGCAGGGACAAAGUGACAGGGAAAGCUGUAGAGGAACUGGGAACCAAGCUGGGAAUCUGCAACUCCCCUGAGGAGGUCAGCCAGCUAACAAGUGAAUUCCUUGUUUAUCAGCUGGCAGAGGAGGGAGAGAAGGAAAACCAGGAAGGGGCAACACUGGAGACACACUGGGCCAGUGUGCUGAAAGACACCAAGCCGCUCUCCAUAUUCAGAAAGCUGGUUCUGACACUGUUGUCUUUCCCCUGUCCUCCCCUCGAAGCUCAACAUGUUUAUACCCAGGCCCUUGAAGGUGAAGAUUCUGCACAGUUCUCCGAGAGCGAAAGUGACAUAUUGUCUGACAGUUUUCUCUCUGACUUGACCAACAACAGGGACUCCCCCGUUCACACUGAAGAUCUGAACGGUGGACAUAAGAUGUUGAGGCCAUGUGAAAUCCGCCUUACAAAAAUAAACGAGUUAAAGGAUGAGAACGGUCAUAUUCCUGGUGAAAAUGGCAUCAUUUGGAAAGAGGGGACCGUUAGGGGGAGUUAUGGCUGGGAGAGCAGCUUGCGCCAGAAGCCACAAGCCCGCACAGUGUUUCAGGCUGGUCCGGAGUCCAAAGAUGAGGGGACUGAAGAGGAAUCGUCAUCCACUAAAUCAACUCUAAGAGGACGACAGAAACAGGCCUACCAGGAUGGAAAAGGGUUUCCAGUAGGAGAGCUGGUGUGGGGGAAAGUGAAGGGGUUUUCCUGGUGGCCGGGGAUGGUGAUGCAUUGGAAAACUAAGUCCUCUCCCCCUGGUAUGCGGCGGGUGGAGUGGUUUGGAGACGGGAUGUUCUCAGAGAUAUACACAGAGGGUCUGAUGAAAUUAAGUUACUUCACCAAGUGCUUCUGUCAGAACUCCUUCGCCAGCUUGCCUAUCUACAAAGAAGCUAUCUUCCAGAUCAUCGAGCUGGCUGGUGAGCGAUGUGAGAAGUCUUUCGCUGCAGCACAAGGGAAUAAAGAAAAAGAGUUGAAGCUGAUGCUGGACUGGGCUUUUGAAGGAUUCUUGCCUACAGGACCAGCAGGAUUCGUCCCUCCUGAUUCUGCUCCCCAAUCACAACAAGAGUCUUCUGACUCCGCCCUGUCUGACUACCAGCCACCAGCAAAAAGGAAAUAUGUGUUCAAAAACAGGACGACUGGACCUCCCAUCGUCUACAACAGAGAAUCGAUACCAGAAAAGGUCAAAGAGAAGGGAAAAACAGUUGAAGAUGUUUGUUUGUCUUGUGGAUCCUCUGAGAUUGAAGUGGCGCACCCGUUGUUUGAAGGUGGUCUUUGUCCAAGAUGCAAGAUGAACUUCUCAGAGACACUGUAUCGCUACGAUGAAGAUGGCUACCAGUCGUAUUGCACCGUGUGCUGUGCCGGACUCGAGGUUAUUCUGUGUGGAAACGCCAGCUGCUGCAGAUGUUUCUGUAAGGACUGCCUGGAAAUCCUGGUCGGCCCGGGAACCUUUGACAAGAUGAAAGAUAUCGAUCCUUGGAGCUGCUUCUUCUGUCUGCCAUCACAGUGUGAAGGGAACCUCAAACUCAGACCAGACUGGAGUGUUAAGAUUCAAGACUUCUUUGUCAACAACAGCGCUAUGGCAUUUGAGCCUCACAGAAUCUACCCCUCCAUCUCUGCUGAUCUACGCCGACCAAUCAGGGUGCUGUCACUUUUUGAUGGCAUUGCAACAGGAUACCUGGUGCUCAAAGACCUCGGCCUGAAGAUCGAGCGCUACAUCGCGUCAGAGAUUUGUGAUGAUUCGAUCGCUGUGGGGAUGAUCAAGCACGAGGGGAAGGUAGAAUAUGUCAACGAUGUUCGGACCAUCACGAGGAAACAUCUCGCUGAAUGGGGUCCAAUUGAUCUCCUGAUUGGAGGCAGUCCAUGUAACGACCUUUCCAUGGUCAACCCUCUACGAAAAGGAUUAUUUGAGGGCACUGGAAGGCUUUUCUUUGAGUUCUACCGCAUCCUGACCCUGCUGAAGCCCAAAGAGGACGACGACCGGCCGUUCUUCUGGUUGUUUGAGAACGUGGUUUUUAUGAGCGCACACGACAAGUCAGACAUCUGCAGGUUCCUUGAGUGUAAUCCAAUUCUUGUCGAUGCAAUCAAAGUCAGUCCUGCUCACAGAGCACGCUACUUCUGGGGAAACCUCCCUGGCAUGAACAGACCUCUCUCCUCAUCUCUAGACGACAAAGUUAGGCUCCAGGACUGUUUGGAAAUCGGACGCAAAGCAAUGUUUGACAAAGUCCGCACCAUCACAACAAAGUCAAACUCCAUAAGGCAGGGCAAGACGGGGCCGCUGCCUGUCAGAAUGAACGGCAAAGAAGACUACCUGUGGUGCACCGAGAUGGAGCAGAUCUUUGGCUUUCCCAAACAUUACACCGACGUCAACAACAUGGGUCGGAAUCAGAGGCAGAAAGUCCUGGGUCGCUCCUGGAGUGUCCCUGUGAUCCGUCACCUCUUCGCUCCUCUGAAGGAUUACUAUGAAUGUGAACAACCACUGUGAACAGAACCUCCACCCUCUGGUUGGAGCAGCAGCAGUUAACCCUACGGCCUUAUCCUGCCCUGCAGUGCAAGGUUUUUAAAAACCCUCUCCUCUCCUCUGGAAGACUUCACUGAGCUCGUACUGUUUUAACUUUUAGAGUCGUUCUUUUUUUAUACUGUGAUUCCUAUGUCAUCAAAAACCGCCAGCAGGCACCGACACUUUCCUUUGGUUUUUGGGUUUCCUUUGAUAAACUAUGGUGCUGUUAUACAAACAAUAAUGGUGCUCAGAGCCUGAACCAGGAAGCAAGUUCAGACGGUGAGCCAACUAUCUUUGGGCUUAACUCAGGUUUUCAGUAUCAUGAAGCUGGUUGGCUUUAAACUGAUCACUGCAGGAACUUUUAGCAACAAUAACCUGACGGAUCAUAUGAGUGGAGAAAAGAAGAGUGACUUUACCUUCAGUGAGAAUGCCUUUAAAGUAACUCAAACCCAGCCGACAGCUUUGCUUUAACACCAGUCUUAUGAUGCUGCUUCUUCAGGAUCUCUCAGUUAAGCCAGGUGACCCAAAGAGAGACGUCGAACUUGCUUCUCGGUCCAGGCUCACAGUCUCUACCUCAAGACUUUUUUAUUGGUUAAAAAUCUGCAGUUACAUUUUUUAUAUCCUGUAUUUAUUUAUGAAUCUGAAUAGAUGUUAACAUUUCCUUUUUACAUGAUCCGUGUUUUAUAUUGUUUUAUUGUUUCAUCUAAUCAUGUUGGUUGUUAGCUGUAAUUAAUUCUGUUGUUUUAACUUCUUAUGAGCUAAAUUGAAUCUGCUAUUUGAAUACAAUUCAGGCCAAAUCACACAUUACUGACGGUGGUGCUCCAGGAACAACCUCAUUGGGUUUGCACAUUUUAUCUGUUUAUAAAAAAAAGCUGUUUGUAUAAAACCAAAAAUAUUGUGUCUUCUCAGCGAGCGCAAACUGUGUUUUUUAUAUUUCAACGUUAGUGUUUACUUUGAUACAACUUAACUGUAGAGCUCUGACUUUGACAUGUUGCACAGUGUUUUAUGACUCAGUCUACAUGUACAAUAAGGGAUGUGGAGAAGAUGAUGAUGAUGAUGAUGUGAUGGAGCUGUUACCACUCACCUGUUUCAGUGUUCUCAAUGAAACAACUUCUGUCUUUGUGGUUUGUUAGUAAAUGUACAGUUUUAAAUUUGGGACUUCUGGGCGGACUGAAGGGGCCUUUUGAAGAUGGCACUUUGACAAAUUCUAACCAUCAAUUUUCUUUUAUUUGGCAUUUUAUUAAUCAAUUAAUUAUGAGAAUAAUUCCAAAUUAAUCUUUAUAGGUAGUCUCAGCCCUAAAAUGAUUGAAUGCUAUAGAAUAAAAAACAUCAGGAUGAUAGUUGAGUAUAUUUCACAAAAUGCAGAAUGUUUGUAAUCAUGUUGCUGUAAAGACUUUUAAAGAUUUAGCAGGUUUUGGUUUUAACCAUCAUUGUUUCUUCUGUGAAGUUUCAUUGACCAAAUUAUGUGAUAAAUCAAGAAGAGAAAUUCAAGUUGUGAUUAAGUAAAGUUGGUUUGUGAAGAAGGUGAUCCUAGUCAUUUGAUGGUGUAAUCAUUAUAAGCAUAAAUCACUGGUGUGGUGCAUUAAGUUGCCGUUUACUUGAGUAUCAUUCUGAGUUUUCUCUGAAUCUUUUCUUAUUUUCUCUCAACACUGACGGCCCGUUCAGACGUGUGUGGAUCAUGAUCGUAGCAACACUCUUUCUUACAGUUUAAAUGUAUCAUGUUGACUUGACUGAAGGUUCUGAUUGUGGUUCUCAAUCACUGUUUGUGUCUUACCACACAUGACUGUCUCCUGAUUUACCUCAUUUAGUGAUUGUUUGGGAUUAUCUGCGGUGCUCCACUAAAAGGUGCUAACUUUGCAUAUACUGUUUUUUGUUGAUUUUUUUGGCACCAGCAAAAAGUGAACUUUUCUUACCAGGUGUUGUUCUGCUGUGCGACUUUUAAGAUUGUGUCAUUGUCCGUUUGUUUCCAUGAAAUUUCUAAGUGAUGUUGAGAAAAAUAAGUACGAUGUGUAGCUUGUUUCUUUCGGCAAAAAACAACAAAUGGCAUGUUAGACGCAGUGAAUAAAUUGUUUGAUUCAGGAA